AUGGUAAUGGCAGAGAUCGGUGGCCCAUUGGCACACCAACUACCCUUACACAAUCAUAGAGGUGGACUGGUGCAACCGUCGCUGGUCAUGAACCACCACCUGGACUCCCUGGACAGUAGCGGUUGCCAUGGACCAAACAUACAUCCAAAAAAAGAGCGCCUUUCGCUGUGUGUCGGAUGCGGAGGCCAAAUUCACGACCAGUACAUCCUGCGUGUCGCACCGGACCUCGAGUGGCACGCCGCCUGCCUCAAGUGCCAGGAAUGCCGGCAGUUCCUGGACGAAAGCUGUACCUGUUUCGUGCGGGACGGCAAAACCUACUGCAAGCGGGACUACGUUAGAUUAUUCGGUACCAAAUGUGAUAAGUGUGGGAGCUCCUUCAGCAAAAACGACUUUGUGAUGCGCGCCAAAACGAAAAUCUACCACAUAGAAUGCUUCCGCUGUUCGGCGUGCGCCCGCCAGCUAAUACCGGGUGAUGAGUUUGCCCUCCGAGACGGUGGUUCGCUCUAUUGCAAGGAAGAUCAUGACCAUCUGGAGAAGACCACCCAAAACGGCCUCAUCGCGGGCGUGGAGCCGAACAACAACAUCAGCGGCAACGCCAACAACAACAAUAUCAGCAGCACCAACAACAACAACAAUAGCCUAAGCAAUAACAACCACUCGAGUGAGCUAGGAUCGAUGUCAGAUUCGGGCAGCGAAUCGGGAUCUCAUAAAAGUUUGCGAGGCAAAGGACCCACCGGACCAUCGGACGGCAAGCCGACGCGGGUGCGGACGGUGCUGAACGAGAAACAGCUUCACACGCUUCGCACCUGCUACAACGCAAACCCUCGGCCGGACGCACUGAUGAAGGAGCAGCUGGUCGAGAUGACCGGGUUGUCGCCGCGAGUCAUACGGGUCUGGUUCCAGAACAAGCGCUGCAAGGACAAGAAGAAAACGAUACAGAUGAAGCUGCAGAUGCAACAGGAGAAGGAAGGACGAAAGCUCGGCUACGGUAUGCAGGGCAUUCCGAUGGUGGCCAGCUCGCCUGUCCGGCACGACUCACCGCUCAACCUGCACGGCCUGGAGGUGACCGCCUACCAACCGCCGUGGAAAGCGCUAUCCGACUUUGCCCUCCAUUCCGACCUGGACAGCAACGGUGCGAUCAACACGCACGCACCCGCGUUCCAGCAUCUAGUCAAUCAGAUGCAUGGCUAUGACGUAGGCAAUGGCGGCGGAGCAGGUGGUGGUCCAGGUGGUAGCCCCGGUGGCAUGCCGCCGAUGCCGGGCCAGGGAGGACAGGGACCACCUCUAGGCUCGCACAUGGAUCUCAGCGGGCACCACCAUCCGGACAGCACGGACUCUUACGUCACCUAUCUCGAAAGCGACGACAGUAUGCAGGGAAGCCCAUAA